UCGUACGUUUUAGAAAAUGUGACAUACCACAUUCGUGAUCAUGUUCCAUGUACCGAAACAAUCCAUGUCUCAGUUUAUUGAAGCAGGAAUAGUAGGGUCACCAACAGUUUUUGCUCGCCGCAGUUUGUCUUAUCUCAUGAGCGACUCGCCACAGGAAGCUUUAAAGGAUGCAAUGCAAGCCCAAAUCAUAUCUCCAUCCUGGCACGUACUGUCUUAUCUACAAGCCUAUGCACUUUUCACCCUUAAAAUGGAAAAUGAAGCACAUAUAGCCCUUAAGGAUGGUUCAGCUCUUGAAGCCAGAAGGAGGAAAAGUGUUUGACAGUAACGAAAUGAUGUACAGAUAUGUAAAUCUUCUGCUCUGCUCGCUUUGUCUCACUUCCUUUGUGAAGAUCAUUAUUUGGCACGUAUUGAAAGGUUUUUGCUCUGACCGGAGCUUUAUUCUAUUCAACAAUCAUAACGAAAUUAUCGUUCUUCAUUUCUUGUUCACAGUUGUAGUUUGACCGAUUUUCACGCCCUUCAGAUAGUUACAUUUAUUUGUUUUGGAAGUUAUAAUGAUUUAUUUGGUACUUCGUGUUCGUGUAUUUACAAUUUUGAUGUAAUGCUUUAUUUGAUUUCCCAGAAAUUGUCAAUGAAGUGUGAA